AUGAUAAUUAUUUAGGACUACAGCCUUGGAAAUGGUUAGAGAAAGCUAAAUUAAAGUAUCAAAAACUUGAAACAGGCAGCAUCAGAUCCAUACUUUUACCAAAAAUUAAACGAUUUACAGUCGAGUAUAAAAAGUAGGGCAGAAAUAAACUUCUAAGACUAACUAUCUGGGAGAAACACAUAAUCUAUGGUUUAAACACUUUCUCCUUCCUUAUCACUUCCAGUCAUUUUCAAUAAUGCUCCCACAGCCAGAUACAUGGGUCAAAUAAUAUAAGCGAAUGAAAAUUUUAACAGAGUCGAUUUUGCAAUGAAUGAAGGAAUUCAUUACGAUGAAAUCUGGGGGAAUUGUGACAAAGAAUUAAGAAAAAUAAACGAUGAUCUGGAUAGAUUUGUUAGACAGUAUCCGCCUUGUUCAUUCAUAGACAAAUUUAAAGGCCCUUUUUUCCUUUAUCCUUGGCAAGAUCCAGUCGUUUGGAAUAUUUUAAUGACAAUUAAAGAUAAAGAGAAAGAAUUAGCUAUCAUCCUGGGAAAUAUUCCUCAUUACACUCUGCUUCAUCAAGUUAGAAGUGAAAAACUUAGAAAACUAACUGCAUAUAGAAUUGAGAUGGAGAGGCUGCUUGAGUAUCUCGCAAAUGAAUAUAGAAAGCCAUGCUUUACUACUGUUGUAAUUGAGAGACCAAGAACACCCCCAAUUGUAUACGGUAUUUACAAAAAAGGAGAGCCACUGAUUACACCAAGAUAUUGUAACGCCAAACUUAUAUCAUAGUUUGAAGUUGAAGAAGGAAACGCUAUAUACUUUGAGUAUACUAGCGUAUUCAAUGGACAUCAUUUGAUAAAAGAUCUACUGGUUGAUCCUGAUAAUAUUUUAGUCUGGGAAGUCUAAGGAAACCCACAAUCUAAAAGUGUAUUUUAUAGACCAGAAGAUUUUGAUAUAUACAGUGGAACUGGUAUUGGUUAUCCUUUAUAUAGAAACAGAUCUGAUGAUGAAGAAUUAGAUCUAGAAACGGGAUCCAAAGUUGGCGAAGAAGAGACUUUGGCUUGGAGUGUCCUUGAUCUCUUUAAUGAAAAAGGGGAGUUGAACACUGGCAACUUCAAAGUUCCACUCUAUCUACCCCCUGCUGAUACUAAUAUAAAUCUGUUCAGAUUCCCUGAGAUAGUUUAAAGAAUACCUUUGACUAAUGUAUUUAUGAGAAUUGAGUCUUACUACACAACAGAUACCGAAGCCAUUAAAGCUGGCAUUUUACCUAAAAUCAAUAUGUCUCAACACUCUUAAUCUUAGUACUCUUAAUCUGGACAUGUUUAAAUGGGACCAGAAAAGGAGAAUUCCUACUGGGUCCCUGAUCUUCAUUAGUUUCCUGCUAACUAUUGCAAUGAUCUUCGUGUGAUGAAGGAAGCAGAUAAAAGUUAUAAAUGUGAUGGAGUUCAUCUAUAUAUGCAUCAUGUCGAAGGUAUCACUCCUUAAAGACAUGUUAGAGUCGGUUAUCUUCUCCAAUUCGGAAAAUAUGUUGUUAAGAGCAAGGAUGGAACUUUCUGUUUCUUCGCUUCUCCUGGUAUUAAUCCCUUGAAUUUAGCUGGAUUAAAGAAAAUGAAAAAGAAAGAUAGAGAAAAUGCAGUAGCCCCUGAUUCCAUACCAAUAGACUCAGGAGUUUAAUGGAUGAAGAAUUUCUAUAAAAUGAUUUCUCACUAUUGGGAAAUUGGCAUGAAAAAGAAUAUAAAUCUAGUGCUUUUGUAUCUAUAACUAAAGGAGGGAAUAAAAAAGCCAAUAGUAUCUAAUUCAAUUUCAAAAUCGCUCUUGGAAGAGGAAUGGGAUUUAUUAGGAUACGCUGUCUAUAGGCUAAAUGAUGAAGCUGGUAGAGUUAACUACGGUAGACAUACUUUACCACUAUAUGAUGGAAUUCCUUAUGUGGAAGACACAAGAGAACAAGAUAAGAAUGGAGGCACAAUUACAUUCACAGUUGGUCAUUUUGGUAAAUCUGUUUAAGAGAUAUUUAUCCCAAUCAAAGAAACUAUUUAAAAACUUAAAGAGCAGGCUGCUCUAAAUGCAACAACACCUGCUCAGGUAGAGACUAAGACUCCAGCUAAAUUAGAUAGCAAAACCCCUAAUGGCUCAGUAAAGUAUCAGAAAAGCAGUUCCAAAACGCCAAAGAAGCCUGUUAAAAUUAUUGCAGCAGAUAUGAUUAAAAAAACUCCUAACUCUGGAACUGGGAAACCAAGCAGCCGCAAUAACUCUUAGUAACCACCUUCUAGAUAAAAGACAACAGCAACUCCUGCAAUAACUGUAGGAAAAUUAAGUAGUAGUAAAAAGAAUUAAUGA